AUGGCGACCGGGGCCCGGCGAUCAUUUGCUGCGGAUGAUAGGCGGAAAUCGGGGCGCCGGGAUUAUGGCAGCCAUGACCGGAUCAUUCCCCACAUGGCCCCCGUCCCUCCCUCCCCUACCCUUCCGCUUAUAGCCCGGACCUGGAGGCUGGAGGAUGGCAGCCAUCCAGUCAGUGCUACAUCGCGGAUAAUGAUCGCGAUACGGCACUGUUGGCAAUGGCGAUUGAGCGUCGUACAUCACUGGAGUAGGGAUUCAACGGCCCAGAUUGGGAGUACCUUUUCGGCAAGGCCUGGAAAGGAAGGAAGGAACAUGAAGCUCAAGUGGAUCCCACGGGACUUCACCAACGUCAGGCAGAGGCCUUUCCCGGCACGUCAAGGCACUUUUGGUCAAUCAUCAAUGAUGUGUGCGGCACCCGCCCCUCGGCCCUCUCUCUGCCCGCUGCACGACGGCUCUGACAGGAGACACCUCGUUCCCGAACCGGCUCAGUACUUUGCUACGUUUCCGAAAACAAAGGGGGCCGAAGAAAUUCAAAUCAUCAAGUGGUACCUGCUCAAGGGAUUCGAUACCCUGACACGUCUUGGCCUACCCAUACACAGGAGAAGCAUUCCUGGAGAACCCCAGCAGAAGUAUUCGAAACAUGGGGGCCCGGCGACUGUGCUCGACUACUUGUUGCUGCAGAACUUCUCAAAACGCCAACACGGCCGCGGCUAUCCGCUAAGCAUCCUCAAGAGGCGAACCAACUUCAUGGAACAAUUUGAAUCCGUCAAAGGAAUGCCCUGA